GUGGAGCCGCAGGCUGGCGGGUCGAGGUGUGGGGGAGCCCUCCCCUUUCCUUCCCGAGUGAGCCGGAGACGGGGAAGGCGCCUCCGCAACUCCUCCUGCCCCAUCGCUGCCGCCCGCCCGUCCGCAGCAUGAUCUGGAGAACUCUGGCGCUGCUGUGCGCGCUGCUGGCCGCCGCCCGCCUGCGAGCAGAGGAAGAGCCAAGGAGCAAAUCCAAGAUCUGUGCCAAUGUCUUCUGUGGAGCUGGGCGGGAGUGUGCAGUGACUGAGAAGGCAGAGCCAACCUGCCUCUGCAUUGAGAAAUGCAAACCUCACAAGAGGCCUGUGUGCGGUAGCAAUGGCAAGACCUACCUGAACCACUGUGAGCUGCACCGUGAUGCUUGCCUCACUGGCUCCAAAAUCCAGGUGGAUUACGAUGGCCACUGUAAAGAGAAGAAGUCUGAGAAUCCAGCUGCAAGUCCAGUUGUCUGCUACCAGUCGGACAGGGAUGAGCUCCGUCGCCGCGUCAUCCAGUGGCUGGAAGCUGAGAUUAUCCCUGAUGGCUGGUUUUCCAAGGGCAGCAACUACAGUGAAGUCCUGGACAAGUAUUUCAAGAGCUUUGACAAUGGUGAUUCUCGCUUGGACUCCACUGAAUUCUUGAAGUUUGUGGAACAGAAUGAGACUGCUGUCAACAUCACCACCUACAUGGACCAGGAGACCAACAAGCUGCUCAGGGGACUCUGCGUCGAUGCCCUCAUCGAGCUGUCAGAUGAAAAUGCUGACUGGAAGCUCAGCUUCAAUGAAUUCCUCAAGUGCCUCAGCCCAUCCUUCAACCCACCAGAGAAAAAGUGUGCCCUGGAAGAUGAAUCCUAUGAGGAUGGAGCAGAGACCCAGGUGGAAUGCAACCGCUGCGUCUGUGCCUGUGGGAACUGGGUGUGCACUGCGAUGACAUGCGAGGGGAAGAAUGAGAAGGUGACUGCUCAGAGACAGAGACCUGAUGAAGACUUGACUGAGGAGGAGCUGGCUAGAUACAUUCAGGAACUGCAGAAGCAUCAGGAGACAGCCGAGAAGACCAAGAGAAUGAGCACCAAGGAGAUGUAAGGGGCCUCCACAGCGGAGGAGCCAGGAGGAUGGGCCCAACCUGCCACCGUUCCUCCAGUGCUGAUCUCAGUAUGCACAAGCAUCUGCUACAGUUGCCCAGUCACAGAUAUUUACAUUGUAUAGCGAUGGGUUAUUUGUUUUGUAAUACACAGAGAAUGGGGCCAGGAAAGGGGAGCAGAGCCCAACUGUUCAGGGAGCUUCAUUGCUGGGGCCUGGGAGGGAAGGCUGGGAGGGACUUACGGCAGCCUCUGGGACCCUUUCCCAGAGCAGACAGCUGCUCCCUCCAAGAACCAAGAGGGAUUUCUUGUUCCCCUGGAUCUGGGGAAAGGACGGAGGUCAGUGCUGGAUGGAAAAGGGCGUCUUCAAUUGUCAACACCAGCCUUGGCUUCAGAAAUACAGGCCUGGUAGUUCUGUGGCUGAGCACAUAUGCUGCAGGGCAUCAUUAGCCAAGGACCUUGCCCUGCUUGUCCUCCCCUUUGGUUCGAGCUCCUCAAAGCUGGUCAGCCUGGUGUGACACCUGGAAGACGUGGUGCCAUGCUGCUGGCAUGGCUCCAGCAUGUUCCUCCUUGCUUUCCACCACUGUCCCCAGCAGCUCCUCCAGUACACUGUGGGCUCCAACACAACAUGGUUCCUUUUGACCUCAUCUCACUCUUACUCUCCCUACCCCCUCCUUAGAGGUGCUAUCAUUUGUUUUUUCCUUAGCACAUUCACAUUCUGACUCCCCCUUUUGUUGUGUUUUGGGUUUUUUAUUACUUUAUUUCCUAUGGUAGUAAUCCAGCUUUUAUAUGUUUUGUAGCUGUAGAUCUUUCAAGAAAACCCAGCCUGUGGGUUUUUGUUAUUGACAGUGCUGUAAUGCCCAUGCACAGUUUGUAUCUCAGUGCACUCAGCCACCGCCAACACCAUGAGCAGCUUGUCAGCCCUGCACUACAGAGUAUUUCUCAGCUGGGGACACCAAUGUCCCUCAUCGGGAUGAAGAGAUAGGGCUGGGUGUAAUUAGUUUCACCAGGCACGUAUUGACACUGCAGCAUUCUAGCUCUUGCUCCCUUAGCUAGCAUUGACUGUGUGCUCAAAGUCCAUGCUCAUGCCUCUCUAAAUUGCCCAAAGGGAAGUGCCAGGCACUCUAGACACAGAGGGAACAGGCAAUCCCAUUAGUUGGGUAACUUAAAAGACUUAAAACUACAUAGAAAACUGUUUAGUUGGGGUCUGGGCUCUUAGCCAUCAUCUUGGGCUUUCCAUCUCCCUCUGAGGCAAAGCAGCAGCAUUUUUCUUUGAUUCCAGGUCUGAGAUUGAAGUCAGGGCUGGAAGCCUCAUUACUGACACAUAUCAGACCAUCUUUGAUCACCAUCAUACCUCUCCAUGGGUUUUUGUCUGACCUGUUUCUCAGCAUUGGUCCUAUAUAUAAGUGAAAUGCUGUUUCGUUGACAAUCACCUCUGUAGCCUCAAGCCCAGGUGAUUUCCUCCUGCUGUUGUCAAAUGUACUUCAUAUGCUCACACACCUCAACAUUCAAUUCCAUGUUCCCUUCGUGCCCUGCUGUGCAUCCCAAGCAGUUGCAGGUACCCCAAGAUGACUGCUUGUAACUUCCAUCUUCCUGUUUGUGAGCAACCUCAGCAGUUGUUGCCAGUUGUCUUGCAGUCCCUGGUGCUUACUCAAGUGAAACUCCACUUGCAUCUGCAGAAGAAUGUUCUGCUUGAGUGAAGAUCAGCAGGACUCUUGUCCCAACCUCCCUGUGUUCGCACAGUGCUUUCUUUGGAAAGGAAGAAUGAGCUGGUACCUAGCAAGUGUAGGAAAAGAAGAAUGCUUCAUCCCUCCUGGGGUCUUGCCCAUGAGCCAGAUUUAUUAAAGGCUCUCUGGUCU